AUGGCUAGUUGUGGAGGCCUUUCCAGGAACGACCAAGGCGAAUGGAUGAAAGGGUUCAUAUAUGGAAUCAACACAUGCCUAGAGGAUAUGGCAGAGGCGUGGGCUCUCCUUAAAGGAAUCCAAAUGGCUAAACUCUUGGGAGCACGACAAGUCUGCUUUGAGAGCGAUUCAAAGACAGUAGUAGAUGUUAUAACAAAUGAUUCGGCCUGUGAUAGUUUCACAGACAACGUUUUGUUUGCAUGUAAGAAAGAACUAGCAAAUAUCCAAGCAUGGCACUUAGCAUUCAUCCCAAGAGAACUCAAUACUGCAGUAGAUCAUUUGGCCAAGCUUGCAGCGAGUAAAAAAGGAACUACAGUCCUCCACCAACCUCUGGAGAGUAUCCUACAAUGUCUAAGGAUGAUAAGUCUGGUCUCCCAAUUUGGAGACAACUAG